AUGAGCAAUGUCUUAUUUCCAACUGGACUGUGUCUGCCAGAAGGGACCAACAUAUACUGUCAAAUCAUGGACUUCUUUGAUGCUGAUGAUUAUGAAAGUUUACCCACAAAUAGCAUGACAGCAUACAUGGUUGCUGGUUCUUGUGCUGGUAUUAUGGAACACUGCAUCAUGUACCCUGUGGACUCAGUUAAGACCAGGAUGCAGAGUUUGUGUCCAGUCACUGGUGCCAGACACAUUGGUAUAUACGGUACCAUAUCCUCAAUGGUACGGUAUGAGGGCUUAUUUAGACCAUUCCGAGGAAUGUCAGCUGUUGUAGUUGGGGCUGGGCCUGCACAUGCCAUGUUUUUCUCUUCUUAUGAAGUUCUCAAGAACUACUUUUCAGUCUCAGGGAAAGUGAAAAGUGAUCAUACAGCACAUGCCCUGGCUGGCUGCUGUGCAACUCUUCUUCAUGAUUCACUCAUGGUGCCUGCUGAAGCUGUGAAGCAGAGGAUGCAGAUGUAUGGUUCUCCAUACAGGCAUGUGCUUGACUGCACAAUCAAAAUGUUCCAGGCUGAAGGCAUUCUAGCCUUUUAUCGUUCAUUCACCACACAGGUUUUAAUGAACAUCCCCUUUCACAGCACCCACUUCACAGUUUAUGAACUCAUGCAAAAUGUGACUAACUGGGAGAGAGAUUACAACCCUGCAGCUCACAUGCUGUCUGGUGCUAUGGCUGGUGCUACUGCUGCAGCUUUCACAACCCCACUUGAUGUUUGCAAGACCUUACUCAAUACUCAGGAAGCUCAAGCACUCCAAAAACUCCACAAAACUCACAUUCAUGGAAUAUUCAAUGCCCUGCGCACAGUGUACACCUUGAGAGGGAUCCCUGGUUACUUCCAGGGGAUGCAAGCUAGGGUCCUCUUCCAGAUGCCUGCAACUGCUAUUUCAUGGUCCAUCUAUGAGUUCUUCAAGCACUUGUUUGCCAAAAGAGACAGUCAAAGGGAGAGUUUGUAUGAACCAGUGGUUUUGAGUGCUGACAAGAGUAGUAAAAUUGUGGGGAAGAGGAUCAAAUGA